AAAAUUACAUUUGUUAAAAAAAACAAUUAUUUUGUUACAAAAUUACAUUUUGUUGCCUGGAGUCUCUGGAGGCCCUGAGUGUGACUUCCCAAAAGAAGACCGCACAAGGGUUAAAUCUAGCUUAGUUUUUUUAUAUUCUAUUUCAGUUAAUGUUUAUUUUAUUACGAGUAAUUGAAUUUUUUUAAUGGUUUUAGUUUUGGAUAACGAUACUGUGCGUCUCAACUCCAUCGUUCCUCUUCAGUGAUGAAGCUCGUUAUCUCUGAUGAACACAUGAUGAGAACGACCUGCGGCCCGCUGAUAUCACACACACACACACACAAACACACACACACACACACACACACACACAUACAGUCGUGAUGUCAGUAGACGAGUGAAUGAUGCGCCGAAGCCUCCAUUUCCUCCUCAUGUCAAUCUUUGUUUUGUUGGGACUUGUGACAGAAAUCGUGUUUGUGGUGUGCGCAGGCGGAUCGCGUCUGAAACCGGUUCUGUCUGGACCCAGUAAGGCCUAUCUGAAAUCUCGAGUCCAGUUUCACUGCGAGGUUCCAGGCUGGUCUUCACCUCUGACCUUUGAACUCCGAAAGGACACAGGCGAACUUAUUGAAGCGGAAAACAACGUCAAGGUCACCUUCACCCUGCAGGUCACUGAGGGGUCAGAGGGCACGUACUACUGCAGGGUCACGGCUGAAGGGCAAACCAGCAACGCCAUCCAGUUCCACGUCGUGAUUCCAGUCGUAGGUGCCAGUUUGAGCUCAGAUCCGGAUCCACCAGUCCUCUAUGAAGGAGAGAAGCUCACCCUGCGCUGUCUCGUCAGGAAGGGGACACAUCUGUCCUUCACAUGGUAUCAUGACAAACAGGAAGUGAACACCUACUCAGACCUCUACCGGCUCUCUGAAGACGCUCUCACGGUGGACGAGGCGAGUGAAUGGCAUGCUGGGACAUAUUCGUGCACAGCUCACAACCAGAUGGAGGUCAACCCAAGAUUUUCCAGCAGCCAAAUUCUCCAUGUCAUUGUGAAAAAUCACAUCUCGACACCCAAGUUAUCGUUCACAGUCUUCUUUAAUGGCUCCAGCUUGAUGGCCAACGUCAGCUGCCGUCUGGCACGUGGAUCUCCGCCUGUGACGUUCAGUUUGCUGGUGGAUGGACUGGAGACGGACGUGAAGCGUCUGGAUUCACUGGAGUCCUGGUCCGUUCUGCCCGUCUCUGUUGGUCUGGAUAAGGGAGCGGCUCAAUGUAAAGCACAAACAGACACACAGCAGCUCACGUCUGAUCCUGUGCGUUUACACGUGGGUGAGCAGAAGAUUCCAGUAGGUGGCGCUGUGCGUGUCAUGGUCACAUACCUCCAUGAUGCCGACUCAGUGGUGGCAGCCGCUCGGCUCAAAUGCGUCCCCGGCAGAGGAACGUUUCCCACGUUCUCCUGGUUUCUGAACCGCUCCUCCCUUCCACCAGAGGGCGACGCUCAUGUGGUGAUGCAGAACGGUCAGAUCUUAGUCCUCACAGAUAUCAGCUCCGGUUAUUACCGCUGCCGGGUGAGAGACAGUUUCAACGACAGCUCAAUCUGGGUGGAGAGCGAGGACAUCUUUAUACAGAAGACAGAUUUGUCAGCGACGCCCAUGGAGGUCAUUGCGUUAUUUUUCUGUGGUUUUCUGUCGAUGGUGAUCGUGGGAUGCUCUAUUUUUAUGUUCUGGAGCACUAAGCGCAGAAACGACUCCUGCAAACGUUGCAGUAACCAUGAGAUCCAGUCUGAGGCGAUACCCAGAAUGAACGCUGCAGCUGAUGUUUCCUUUGAACCUCAAACUGUGGAAAUGAAAACAGUCAUCAUGGAGUUUAAGGCCUAGACCUGACCAGCCCAACACACUAGACUUGAUUAGCUGGUUCAGGUGUAUUUAAUUAUGGUUGGAGCUAAACUUUUUGUUGUAAAUGUGUUGUAUUAUUAAUAUAAUGUUUAUUUAACCAAAUGUUGCUAUUGAACUUGCCUAAAUAAAUAAAUAAAUGUAUGGCCAAUAAUUUUAGUGACAGUAUUGUAUUAACAAUAAUCAUGACAAUCCAACACAGUAAAAAUAUAUUUUCUUAAGUUCUAAAUAAAGCAAAGAUUAUUGGAGUCCAUUUUUGUAACAAUUUUGACACAGAAUUCAGUUCGAUUCUGAUUCACAAGCUCUAGAUUUUAUUUGAUUCCGAUUUAAAUAUCUGGUAUUAUGUCAGUUUUUCUUAAGAAAAACACAUCUAUUAACUAAAGCUAUACAGGGAGUAUGUCAGUUAGAGAGAUAAGAAGUUGUAUAGCCAAACAUUUAUAUAGCACAUGCCGUUUUUAUAUUUAAUGUUUUUUCUACUACAAUUCGUUGUUGAAAUAUAAGCAUUUGAAUGUGACUAGAUCAAGGAUUAAUGACAUAUCAAUAAGUAAACAGAGUUAUUUUUCUAGCUAACUAUCGAGUUGACGGGCAUUGAAUGUGUUUUCUGAGGUAAAUGUGGCGUUACGUGACGUUUAUUGUUCUCAAGCUGUUUAAUUGACAUAGUUUGAAACACUGAUCGAUUACAUGAGACAUGAUUCAUUUCAGUAAGUUGUAGUGUAUCUUUCAACAUACCUUUUGUUGUUCAUUCAUGUUUAUUCCGUGAUAUUACUACUAGCAGUAAUGAGGAGGAGAUUAGCGGUUCACGUCACGUGUCGUUUGAAUUGAGGCGCUACGGGAAAACCGCGCGAACUUGGCAAAACUGCUGUCACGCCACAUUCAAGAGCGCCAAAAUAACAUUUAUUGUUUGAAUUAUAGUGAUUAUAUGAAAGAGUUUGUUUCAAAAAUUAACAAAUCGCAAAGUGCAUUGCGAUUAUUGCAUGGGAAAGCACUGUAAAUUUAUGUUUAUGAUCGAAUUUAACCUUCAUUUACAACUUUACACCAGUAGGUUGCGCUGUUGCCAAACUCUAAUGGUAGCUACUUACUCAAGGCAAAGAAUAACAAGUGACACUCAAUAGAGCGCUCCAUUGAAACACCGGCCGGCGCCCCGCAGCAGCCCUGCGUUUCCGCCAUUUUGGGGUGAAAGCGAGUCGUCAGUCCACUAGUUUCUAUGGCAAUAUCAGCUGCUUUGUUAAAAAAAAAAAAAAAACUACAUUA